AUGAACUUCACCAACGCCGAGCUCUUGAAAGCUCGUGAGAGGAAAAUGGCCCGCUUUUCUCCAAAAUUCAAUAACGAGGGCGAUGGGAAGAAACGGGGCGGUGCCGAGAACCAAGCUGAGGGCGCCCAAGCCCCCAAAAGGAGGAAAUUGGUCAAAGUCUCCUCUGCCGCCGGCUCCUCCAACCCCGGCGCUCAGCCCCCUAACGCCGCUGCGUCUAAAGGCAAAAAGGUUGCUAAAGCCUACACCGCCACGACCACCGAGUCCACCACCAUUCCAGUUCCCAAUCUCGCUACCGCGGACGCGGCCACCGCCGUCGCCGCCAAGUCCACUACUGUAGGUGCCACAGCCGCCUCCGCCGAUGCCACAACAACCUCUGGUGAUCAGUCACCAGCCGCUGACACAACCGCCACCAUUUCUCAAACCUCAGCUGUUGAGAAACUUGUUGCCUUCAAUGCCGCCGCCGCUGAAGCUGAGAGGUUGAGGGCUGAGAACGCCAAGCACCAGGAAGACACCGUCGGCUGGAAGAAGCGCUUUGACAAACUGUUGGAACAAGCGGGAAAAGAAAAAGUCCAGGCCGACAAGCUGAUUGGCACGGCGGGAAUCAAAAUCGGCGAGCUGGAAAACGAUCUGGAGCUAAUGAGGGAAGAAGCAGAUGGUCUUGAUGCAAGCCUCCAGGCUUGUAAAAAGGAAAAAGCCCAAGUUGAGAAGGACUUGGUUGCCAGAAGCGAGGCGCUGGCCGCUAAGGAGUCGCAGCUCGACGCAUUACGCGUUGAACUGGAAUCAGUGAGAAAGGCGCUGGCGGAGCAAGAGAAAAAAUAUGCUGAGUCUUUGGCUUCGGCGAGGGCUGACCUGGAGGUUGCGGUGCGAACCGCAUCUGAGGAGAUCAAGAAGGCGGACGAGGUCCAUGGCGCUGCUCUCGCCGCGAAAGAUUCUGACAUUACCUCCCACCUUGCAAAGAUUAAAGAGCUAGAGGGCGAGUUGGUGAUGGAGAAAGCUAAAGCCACUGAGGCAAGGGAACAAGCUGCUGACAUUGCCUAUGACAAUCGUGAGCGCGGCUUUUACCUCGCCAAAGACCAGGCUCAACAUUUGUUCCCAAACCUUGACUUUAGCGCCAUGGGAGUAAUGAAAGAGAUCACCGCCGAAGGUCUGGCGACGGGAAAAAAACGGGGCGAUGUUGAGAACCAAGCCGAGGGCGCUCAGGUCCCCAAGAGGAGGAGAUUAGUCAAAGGCUUCUCCGCCAGCUCCUCCAACCCCGGCGCUCAACCCACCGCCGCCGCUGCAAGCUCCAAGUCUCCAACUGACGGGACGAGCAAACUCCCUGCCGCCGAAGCUUCCGCCGCCGCGGCCACUGAGCCUGUCACUGUCACAGCCCUCAAUUCUGCUGCCGCUGGUACAGCCACCGGCGCCGCCGCCAAAUCUGCCACUAUAGGCGCCACAACGACAAACACUGACCAGUCGUCAACUGCUGGCAUAAGCGCCGCAGCUGCCGCCACAUGCUCCAAUGCUGCCGCCGGGGAGAAAGGAAGAGAAACAGAAAAAGAAAACCCAAAGUCUCCCCCACGCCAAGUCACACCUCCUAGCCCGCAUCCCACGAACGAUGAACGUUCCUUGUCUCCCCCGCCUCGCCAAGAAGAAAGACCCUCUCCCGAUGCCGCCACUACUUCCGAGGCAGCCCAGAUCGAGCAAGCUCCUGGUAACAGAGGUGGUUCUUCUAGCCACUUCAACAUGCUACCCAAUGCUAUUGAGCCCUCAGAGUUCUUGCUCACUGGCCUCAACCGCGACGUCAUAGAAAAAGAAGUGUUGAGCCGAGGCAUUAACGAGACCAAGGAGAAGACCCUUGCCUGUCUUCUACGCGCUUGGUGCAUCUUCGCCCACGCGUUUGACAACUUCAACUCCGCAGUUGCUGAAGCUGAACGGAUCGGCGAGCUGGAAGACCACCUGAAGCUGAUGAAGGAGGAGGCGGACGACCUUGAUGCAAGCCUCCAAGCUUGUAAAAAAGAAAAAGAUCAAGUAGAGAAGGAUUUGGCCGCCAAAGGUGAGGCGCUGGCCGCCAAGGAGUUAGAGCUUGAAACAUUCGGCGUUGAACUGGAGCUAGCAAAGAAGGCGCUUGCGGAGCAGGAGAAAAAGUCUGCUGAGUCUUUGGCCUUGGUGAAGGCGGAUCUGGAGGCAAUGCGGGCUACUUCUGAAGAGAUCAAGAAGGCGAACGAGGCUCAUGAGGCAACCCUCGUUAUGAAAGAUGCUGAGAUUACUUCCCUUCUUGCGAGGAUCAAAGAGCUAGAGGGCGAGCUAUCAGUGGAGAAAGCCAAAGCCACUGAGGCGAGGGAACAAGCCGCCGACAUUGCCUACGACAAUCGCGAACGGGGCUUCUACCUCGCCAAGGACCAGGCUCAACACUUGUUCCCGAAUCUUGAUUGUAGCGCCAUGGGAGCGAUGAAAGAAAUCACUGCUGAAGGAUUGCCUUUACCGCCCUCUGUAAUGCACUUUCCUGUCAUUUCCAUAUAUAAGCAACAUUUCGCCAUUGUUUUGAUAUCGCCUUUGAACACUUUGUAA